AUGUCGAUAGAUACGUCAACGCUUAUUACUAUUGCUGGUAUUAGUAUUAUUUCUGUUGUUAUUUUUAUUUUAUAUAAAAAUAAAAAUCAAUCGAAUAAUGCUGAAAAAAAUAAACGAAAAAAUGUGAUUAUAACAUUAAAAAGUCCAGAUAUAAAAUAUGCAUUUCCAUUGGUUUAUAAAGAAAAUCUUUCUCAUGAUACAUAUCGUUUUCGUUUUCAACUUCCAUCAUCAAAACAUGUACUUGGUUUACCUAUCGGUCAACAUAUUUAUUUAUCAGCACAUAUUAAUGGUGAACUUGUUAAACGACCAUAUAAUCCAGUUACAUCAGAUGAUAAUCAAGGUUAUUUUGAUCUUGUUAUUAAAAUUUAUUCAAAUGGUAAAAUGACUCAAUAUCUUGAUAAACUUCAUAUUGGUCAUACUAUUGAAGUAAGUGGCAGUUUAUCAAGUAAUCUUAUUUAUAAAGAUCAUGGUUUAUUUGAUAUACGUUCACGUAAAUCUGAACCAUUUGUAACUCGACAUGUUCAUCAUCUUGGUUUAAUUGCUGGUGGAUCAGGUAUAACACCUAUCUAUCAAAUAUUAAAUGAAAUAUUAAAAGAACAAUCAUCAAUAGUACAUGAUCAAUGCAUUUAUAUUAAAAUUUGGCUUUUAUAUGCAAAUAAAACUGAACAAGAUAUUUUAUUACAUAGUGAAUUAGAACAAUUAGCUGCAUCAAAUACUGAUCGAUUCAAAUUGUGGUAUACUGUUGAUCGAGAAAGUGAACAAUGGAAAUAUUCAAAAGGUUUUAUUAAUGCAACUAUGUUAAAAGAACAUAUGCCACCACCAGCUGAUGAUACUUUAAUAUGUAUUUGUGGUCCACCAUCAAUGGUUACAUUUACAUGUUUGCCAAAUUUAGAUAAAUUAGGCUAUCAACAAAAUAUGACAUUUUGUUUUUAA